AUGGACUGGCUCCCUCACCGAAUGGCUGCUUUUCUGUUCCUUUUAUUGGUACUCGUGGAUUUCAGCACGGGAUUUCAUGUAGAGGUAAAAGAAUGGGAUGAAAAUGGAAUGGCAAGAUGGAAAACCUUCAGAAGACAAAAACGUGAAUGGAUCAAAUUUGCUGCAGCUUGUAGAGAAGGAGAAGAUAAUUCUAAGAGGAAUCCAAUUGCCAAAAUCCGAUCGGACUGUGAAGAAAACCAUCCAAUCACAUACAGCAUCUCUGGAGUUGGAAUUGAUCGUGCCCCCUAUGGAAUAUUUGUUGUUAACCCAAGAACAGGAGAAAUUAAUAUAACAUCAAUAGUGGAUAGGGAAGUAACCCCAGUAUUUGUUAUACGCUGCUUUGCUAAACACUCAGUGACGGGUGUAGAUUUGGAACCACCUCUUGAACUUCGAGUCAGAGUUCUGGAUAUAAAUGAUAACCCUCCAAUAUUUGCACAAACUGUUUUUACAGGAUCUAUUGAAGAAUGCAGUAUGGACAACACACUGGUGAUGAAAAUAAUUGCAACAGAUGCAGAUGAACCUAAUCACUUGAAUUCUAAAAUUGCCUUCAAGAUAGAGAGUCAGGAACCUGCAGGUCCACCCAUGUUCAUUAUGAAUAAAUAUACUGGAGAACUCCAUCUUGCAAAUUAUCUUGACAGAGAGCAACAUAGUAGCUACACCCUUGUUGUGAAAGCAUCAGACCGGGAUGGAGCUGCCGAUGGAAUAUCAUCCCUCUGUAGCUGUAACGUUAAAGUUAUUGAUGUCAAUGACAAUUUCCCAACUCUUGCUCAAAGCUCUUUUUCAGCAAGUAUUUCAGAAAAUUCACUCAGUUCAGAACUGCUACGAAUACAAGCUCUGGAUGCUGAUGAAGAGUUUACAGACAAUUGGUUAGCAGAAUUUUUCUUUAUAUCUGGUAAUGAAGAUAACUGGUUUGAAAUUGUUACAGAUCGAGCUACAAAUCAAGGAAUCCUUAGAGUAAUUAAGGAACUGAAUUAUGAACAUCUCCAGACUCACUCACUGAUUAUUGGUGUCAGGAAUGUGGCUGCUUUCCACCACUCUGUUGCUCAUGAAUACCAAAUGUCUGGAACACCCCUCACAAUAGAAGUAAAAAAUGUGAUUGAACCACCAAGAUUUAAUCCAUCUUCAGUUGUGUUUUCUCUAUCAGAAAGAACAAGAGUAAAUUAUGUUGUGGGAACAUACACAGCCAUCGAUGAGGACACUGGAGCUAUUGCAUCAAAUGUUGUAUAUAGUAUAGGACGUGAUCCAGGUGCCUGGUUCAGAAUCAAUCAAAACACUGGUGAAAUCACACUGAACAAAGUUAUUAACCGGGAAUCAAUCUAUGUAACCAAUGGGCAGUACAGAGCAGAGGUUCUGGCUAUCACCAGAGGGGUUCCUCGAUAUACUGCUACUGGCACCAUUGUGCUUUCAAUACAAGACAUGAAUGACAAUUGCCCAAUUAUUAAUACUGAGUUACGGAAAGUAUGUAUGCAUUCCCCAUCAGUGAUUAUCACAGCAAAGAAUAUGGAUGGUGAGGUAUAUGGUGCCCCCUUUACUUUCAGCAUACAUGGUGAACCUCAAACUACAUGGAUUAUCAGAUCAAUAAAUGCUUCCUCUGCAGAACUAACAACUCAGAGCAUUGACUUUUACAUUUAUAGGAUCUAUGUCAGCGUAAGAGAUAGCCAAGGCCGACGCUGCCUUAAACCACAUGUAAUUCCUGUGCAAGCUUGUCAGUGUGAUAGUCGUAAUUACUGCACCAGUGGGGCCACAAAAAUAAUUAUCAUCGGCGGUGGCGGUGGCAGUGCCGGUGGUGGUGGUGGUAGCAGUGACAGUGAUAGAGGCCAGGAAGGUGAAGGGCAGGGACAAGGAGGUGGUGGUAAUGGUGAGAUUGGACCUGAAGGAGGAUAUACUGAGGACCACACAAACUGGGAGACUUACACUGGUGACUACGAUGAAGACGACGGAUAUACUGCCGCCACCGAUUUUGGUUAUGGUGGAAAUGGAAACUAUGGCAGAGAUCUUGAAUCUUCUACCACACUUAGCGGUGCUGCCAUUGGCCUGAUGUUCCUUGGUGGAUUAAUAUUUGUUCUGAUUCCAAUUUUGAUGUCAAUGAGCGACUGUUGUGGAUGUGGACCUGGUGCUGCAGGUGGAGUUGGAACUGGAUUUGAACCUGUACCUGAAUGCACAGAAGGGGCAAUUCAUCCAUGGGGAAUAGAAGGAGCCCAGCCUGAAGACAGGGAUGUCUCACACAUUCUUGCCCCAACAACUGCUGCAGGAGGUGAUUUUGGUGAGCCCUCUGACAUAUAUACAAACACAUACGGAGGAGGAGGAGUAGUAGCUUCUGGUGUUGAAGAAACUACAGGGGUUGGCUAUGGCACUGGUACUGGUUAUGGAACAGCUGGAGGAAUUUCUGGAACAGGCGAAGUAAAAGGAUCAAUUGGAGGAACAAUUAAAGAGUAUCGAGAAGGAGGGGUGAACAUGGCCUUCCUAGACAACUACUUCUCUGAGAAAGCAUUUGUGUAUGCAGAUGAAGAUGAAGGUCGGCCGGCAAAUGACUGUCUACUAAUAUAUGAUCAUGAAGGAGUCGGUACUCCCGUUGGCUCUGUAGGUUGCUGCAGCUUUAUUGGAGAAGAUACAGAUGAAACGUAUUUGGAUACAUUAGGACCAAAAUUCAAGACCUUGGCAGAAAUCUGUCUGGGCAAAGAGAUCGAACCUUUCCCUGAUGUCAAUCCACCCUGGCCAUGCGUUAACGUCACCUUUCCCAACCCUGAAAGUGAUAUAAACCUCCCGCCACCUGGAACCACCAUCAUUGUCAACGGAGCUGCACCUAUGCCUCCCCCGGUUGGCACUACAACAGUUGUUACUGAAAACACCUACACAUCCGGGUCAACCAUACAGCACUCAAGGCCGAUGCCAGAUCCUUUGCUCCACGGCAAUAUGACGGUGACUGAGACCUACACCUCCGGCUCCCCCUCAAUUUGCAUUGACCCUCUGCGUGCAUCCAAUGUUGUUGUAACAGAAAGGGUUGUCGGUCCUGCAUCUGCUUCUGAUUUGCGCGGCAUGCUAGAUAUCCCCGAUCUCACAGAUGGGUCCAACGUUAUAGUCACAGAAAGAUUAAUUGCACCUAACUCCCGCCUCCCGACCUCUCUGAGCAUUCCUGAUUUGGUAGACGGAUCAAAUGUGGUAGUGACAGAAAGAGUGUUCAGGCCUGCCUCUGGCAUGCCAGGCAGCUUAAUAAAUAUUCCCUCAGAAUUAACAAAUGCCCACAACAUGAUGGUCACCGAGAGGGUAGUAUCAGGGUCUGGGAUGAGCAGCAUGGGGGGAGCAAAUCUGGGGAGCAUGAGUAGCACGAGUCAGAUGCUCAGUGCUGACUGUCACCUUGGCCAAGCAAUGGGCACAGCAUCCCCCAGCACCUCCCGGAGAAGAGUGACAAAGUACAGCAGCAUGCAAUACUCCAGUCAGUAAAGCCUCUGCCAGCACCCCUUCCUGCUGAAAUCACCAUUUGCACCGACACUCAUUAGCUGCCACCCACCAAAAAUAUUAUUACUGUUUAUAACCAGGAAAUAGCGCUAAAAUUUCAGGGAUUCCUACCUGUGUAAGGAUCUCUGAAGGGUGACCCAUCUCAAGAUCAAACUUUGUCAGUGAAGGGAAAGUCAAAGUUAGCUUUAAAUUUACUUCUCUCUCUCCACAUAGACUACAAGUGUAUGAAC